GCCUCGGCUUCAUUUCAUUCGUUGAAAGAUGGCGGGUAAGAAAGUAGGUAGCGUGCUUGCAAUCAGUAGCCCAAUAUUUUCUCACGAGAGUCCUAUGCAAGCUCUCAGAAAAAUGUGCAGAUUAUUUGCUCCUGCAUCUGUGUUUUGUUUUCAGGCUAGGUGUUAUCGAGGAAGCAACAGAGAUACCAGAAUACGAGAGCGGAAGCUGCAAGAGAAGCUCAAACGUCGGUUACCACGGCAAGACACAGUCUUUGACAAAAAGGCUUUUAUUUUUCAAAAUCUUGAUAAAGAGCUGUUUUGCUUUCAGGAGAGGAUGGGGUUGAAAUUUAACGACCCCAAUUAUCUGACCGCUGCAUUUGUUCAUCCAUCUUUCCUGGCGAAGAUUAGCCGUAGAGAAGACAUCCCGCAAUUCGCUUCCCAAAAUUACUCGCUAGUAGAGAGACUUCAAAACUUAAAGUUGUCUCCAGAUACUCUCACGCUGCUUGGUCUCACGCAAACAAACUCGACUGUAACGUCUAAAGUCUUUUCUUCAUUUCCAUUUUUGCCAUCAAUAAUGAUAAGCGACAUUUCUGAACAAUUGUCAGGUAGAAAUAUAGUUACAAGGUUAGCGGAAAAUAUUGGAAUUCCAGAGCUCUUGGUUAUUGAAGAGGACAUUGAUCAGAUUGAUAAUGAAAAACACCUACCGUUUUCGAGAGCAGAUGUCAUAUGUGACGCUUUCUUUGCACUGAUGGGAGCAAUUUAUAAAGACCUUGGUACAGAGGAACUGCAAAGUUUUAUUGAUGAUUUUGUCAUGCCAUUUAUUGAUGAUGAGGUUUUCAGAGAUCAGAUAAAAAUAAAGCAGCCAAAACUAAUUGCUUCAGGGGCUGCAGCUCUUGCAGGGUACAAAGAAAGCAUUGAAAGCAGAUUGCUUUUUAACACCCAGUAUGAUGCCGAAGUUCCAUUGUAUGUUGUUGGUAUUUUUGCAGGUGCUCAAAAGCUAGGUGAAGGAGCAAGUGAUAUGUUACAUAAAGCAGAAGCAGCUGCCUUUGAAAAUGUAAUUCACAGUUUCAUGUGGAUGAAAGAAUCAAAUGAAGACAAAGAAUCAUAUAGAUAAUGACUCAAGUCAAUAUGAAAGCCUAAGAAAUUUACUUAAGUAAAAGAUUUUAUUAAAUUGCAUGUUUUAUUAAAAGAUUUCUUACAAUUUGAGUUUAAAAGGGUUAACAACAAUUUUCUUGUGUCAUCUUCUGCUCCUAAGUUCCUUUGUUUUAAUUUGAUUUACAGAGGAACUGAAACAAAAAACAUAUGAAUUGCUAGGAAUUUUAAAUUCAUACUUUUGACAUCUAAAAAUCUGUAAUCAAAAGAUCUAAAGGGACUGUUGCUUAAAUGCACAUUGCAUUGUCAGAUAUAUGCACAUUGCAUUAAGUUCCAUAUAUGUCAUGUUAAACUCAAAUUUGCUGUGUAGAUAAAUUUGGAUAAAACUCAUAAGAAUAAAAUUAUAAUUACAUUUUAAAUGAACAAAAAUUUUACUUUUGACUGAGGGUAAAUGAUGUGCCUGAAAAAGGCAACCAGACCAUUUAGCUUUCAAAAAAAGGUGAAGACUGGAAAAGCAGACAAGACAGAAAGGGGACAAUUCAAGCAAUGCCCUCUGUAAUAUAUUAUUCUGCCAAUGGUUCUUAGCAUUAUUUCACUAAAAUAAAAAAAAGGAGCAACACUCAUGCUAAGAAUGUCUGCCUUGCAAGACAAUAGAAAUGCUAUAUCAAAAUUGAUUACCUUACAAUUGCAGCUAAUUAUCAAAUAAAUAAGAUUUUCAAAUGUAGAUAUAAACCCCUUACCAAAUAGUGAAACCUUGUUACAUGCAUUAACUGCUUUGAACCUAGUUACGCUAGAAUAUCUUGGAAUUUUAUUAAAGCAAACCAUCAUUUUAAACUAUAGUCUGUUAAUUAUUUUUAAAACAGGGGGCUCUCUCCCCGAUUGGCCUAGUUACUGAGAGAGCUCAUACUCAAGAAAUUCCCCUCCAUACAACUCUCCUCGUUUCUAUUUAAUUGGUUAUUACCCUUGCUGUACUUUUACCUAAAUUAAAUUAAGUUAUGAAUUUGCUAUUGUGUUUAAUGUAUUAAUUUAACUUGAAUGUUGUAUAGUGUGUGCUGAGGAGUUUUAAAAUAAAUUAAACUGAAAUUGAACUGAACUGGAAUCUAUAUUCAAGGGCUGAAAAGGUUUUUUGAAACGAGUCAAGCGAAACAGUUGCUCUGUUGAAACUUGGGUCUUUUUCAAGUAUAGAACAACAAGGUUUUCAGGGUUUAAGAAGCAUAUAUUUCAUCACAGUGACAAAGAUUGAAAUAAAUGCUGGUUUAUAGCUAAAUGCGUAUCUGAAUACUUUGCCUUUAGAGAUCCAUCUUUAAACCACUUUCGGAAGUAAAACAAAAUUUGAGAAGAGAAAGGUUCUCAGGAAGUAAAAUUUUCCUUGUUAACCAUUUUCUUCCUAAAUUCUUUAUACUUCUGAACAACACAGACAAGGAUGUCACAACCGGGGGUGCAUCACGGGCACUUGCCUGUAAUUUUUGGCGAAAUGAUCUUGUUUAAGUAGUACCUACUCUUUUUUGGAGAAUUGCCUGUUGCGACAUGAUGGCUCUUCCUACCUACACCCCUUCAAACUUGAAAUGCUCCCGGCGUCCCUAAACACAGACAGAGUCGAGCAAACGACGAUACACUUUCCACAGUAUUGAAUGGAUGACGUUGUCAACAUCUGACAUUUGGCAUAAAUUUGGGGUUCUAUCUAAUGUCACCUUCACGAGAAAAAUGGAAGACGGAAGAUACAAGUAUACGAAAUAUGAGAAAAGGAAGUAUUCUUAUCUGUUAUAAAUUGAUGUGCAAAUCUCUCGACUAUCAACAAAACAGAAACAGCACAAAACUGAAUCAAGAUGAUCAGAAUUUUGUCAUUACUCUUUAUGGUGGUGGUUGUUUUUGAAGAAAACAAGGUUGGAGGACAAGGGUAUUUUCAAAACUAUAAAUUUCCAUGGAUGCCAAAUGGCUUGAACUUGAAUUCAAAUGGUAAUCGGUUUGGUUCAAGAAGGAAUCCGACACCAUUAAGCUUGAUUGGAAAUCCCUACUUCAAACAAGGCCCAAGGUAUUACCAACCGAGGCUGAAUUUUCCACGCUUUGGUUCAAGAAAUCGGGGACGCUGGAGCCUCGGGAAUGGUGGCCUCACGUAUAAAUUUAGAAAUGGUGCAUCGCUCACGCCAACGUUUGAUCUAAAUGGAAACUUUGGUGCAAAACUGAAAUUUGGCAGAAAACGAUGAUUCACCGCGGACCAACAUGCAAAUAAAUCUGUUGGCUAUGAAAGGAAAGUUGAAGCUGAGCAGAUAACUGAUAUUUCCGAUUAAGAGCAAGAUGAUCUGACAGGCAUUCCAUGAGAAAGCUUGAAAUAUAUUAGAGGUAGUUGUAGACAUUGAAUUUAUCCAUUGAUCAUUGUUAUUUCUUACAUGUGGUAUGACAUCAUCUUCUUAUACUAACCAAAUGCAUAACCGGAAA